UGUUUGUUUUUUUCUGUUUUUUCUCGUCUUCGUUACAAAGAUGGCGUCCACUUCGUCUGCUGCAGCACCUGCCGCCGCUGGAGCAGUCCAGCCGCGCGGCCCGAUGUUCCGCUCGACCUUGGACGGCGUUCGCCCCUUGGUGCUGGGCUCGACGGGCAACGCUGCGCUGCGCCCGGACACGAUCACGGCCUGCUUCCAGCGCACCGCCGAGCGCCUGCCCAACCACACGGCGCUGACCGUCAAGCGCAACAAUGUCUGGGUCGAGACCACCUAUGGCGAUUACUGGAAGCAGAGCCGCCGCGCUGGCAAGGCGCUGCUCAAGCUCGGCGUCCAACCCUUCGACACUGUUGGCAUCCUCGGGUUUAACUCUCCCGAGUGGCUAAUUGCGUUCCACGGCACCAUCAUGGCUGGCGGCGUCGGCUUUGGCAUCUACACGACCAACACCCCAGACGCCUGCCAGUUUGUCCUGGAGCAUGCCAAGGCCGGCAUUGUCAUUGUCGAGAACAAUGUCCAGUUGCGCAAGAUUCUCGAAGUCCGCGCUCGUCUGCCCGAUCUCAAACAUAUUGUCCAGUACAUUGGCAAGCCUUCUGUCUCCGAGCCAAACAUUUACUCCUGGGACGAUUUCAUGGCUCUCGGUGACGACGCCGCGCUGGAGGAGCCCUUGCAGCAGCGGAUUGCCAACUUGAGACCCGAGCAGCCUUGCGCCAUCGUGUACACGUCUGGCACAACCGGCAAUCCCAAGGCAGUCAUGACAACGCACGAUAACAUUCUGUUCACCGUGCACGUCGUCUCGCAGCUGCUUAAAAUCGUCGAGUCAGAUGUGCUGCUGAGCUUUUUGCCUCUCAGCCACAUUGCCGCAAUGAUGAUUGAUGUUAUGGCCGGAGCUGUGCUGGGCUCCACGCUGGCGUUCGCGCAGCCGGAUGCUCUGAAGGGCACGCUUGGUGACACCCUGCGUGAGGUCCGUCCCACGGCCUUCUUGGGCGUCCCGCGCGUCUGGGAGAAGAUUGCCGAAAAGAUGCAAAUGGUUGGCGCGUCGAACGGCGCCGUGAAAAAGUCCAUCGCUGGGUGGGCCAAGAAGAAAGGCCUGGCCGCGAACUUGGCGAUUCAGGAAGGCAAGACCAAGGGCAAGCCGUCUGGCUGGUGGUUGGCAAGGAGCCUGGUCUUUGCCAAGGUCAAAAAGGCCAUCGGUCUCGACCGCUGCCGAGCUGCUUUUUCAGGUGCGGCGCCCAUUUCGCUGUCCACUCUGCACUACUUUUUGAGUCUGGAUAUUCCAGUGUACGAGCUGUACGGCAUGUCUGAAACAACGGCGCUGCUCACCGUUUCCAUUCCAAACAAGUACCGCUCGGGAUCGUGUGGCUACGUGCCUGACGGCGUGGAAGUGCGCAUUGCCAAGCCCGAUGCCGACGGCAACGGCGAGAUUGUUGUCCGCGGUCGCAAUGUCAUGCUCGGCUACCUCCACGACGCGGAAUCUUCGCAGAAGGACUUUGACGCAGACGGCUUCUUGCACACUGGCGACAUUGGCAAACUGGACGCCGAAGGCUUCCUGCGCAUCACUGGCCGCAUCAAGGAGCUGGUCAUUACCGCUGGUGGUGAAAACAUUGCUCCAACCCCCAUCGAGUCCCUCAUUAAGACCCAAAUGCCGUACAUUAGUCAAGCGAUGAUUGUUGGUGACAAGCGCAAGUAUCUUGUCGUUCUUCUGACCAUCAAGUGCGAGUUUGACGAGGAGGGUGCGCCGCUGGAUGAGCUGACCGAGCAAUGCAAGCUGCAGCUGGCUGACGCUGGCGUGAAAGCCGACAUUAGCACCGUCUCGGCGCUCGUCAAAGACAAGGUCUUUAACGAUGUUGUGGAAGCUAGCAUGGCGGAGGUCAACAAGCACGCCAUUUCGAACGCAGCGUCGAUCAAGCGCUGGGCGUUCUGUCCCGUCGACUUUUCCAUCCCCGGCAACGAGCUGGGCCCGACGCUCAAGCUGAAGCGUCGCGUCAUUCAAGUCAAGUACAGCGAUCUCAUUGAUACUCUGUACGACUAAGGCGGAAGAGACCGAGGUUUGGCCGACUGUUUCGAUUGUUGUUGUUCGGCAUCUGUUUAUCGGUUUUCUGCGCCAAUUGUUUGUGCUAAUUGUGUUGGUUGGCGCCACCAACUCGGUGGCUCUUCGUUACGAGUCGUUUUUGUUGCACACACACAGGCUGUUGUUGUUGUUGUUAUAUUUUUUACUCGUGUAAAGAAAGGAUUUACUUUUUUUUUUUUGUCGUUCACUUCCACUGAAGGCUC